AUGCUGCUCAAAUCUGCUCUCUUUGCAUUACCAUUACUGGCAUCAGCCAUCCCUACUCAACCUGAACAGUUGACGUUCAGCAGUUCCGAAAUCGGAUCAAUCGAAUCUACGGACGUGACCGGAUUCUCAUUGGACUUGAAUGAAUUGAGAUUGGUACAAUUCUCAGAUGAUGAGCCUCCUGUUUGGAUAUCUGAAUUAGAGAAGAUCGAAGCUAGAAGUAAAGGAAGGAACUUUAUGGAUAUUACCGAAACUCCGACUUUAGGAUUCUCAAGCUAUCUCUUACCAUCAACCGCCAAUGCCAAAUAUACCUACCCUUCACCUGGAAACUACUCCAAACCAAUCAAGAGUAUAAUCAAGUCUCUUGACAUCAAACAUAUGAAGUCGUUCCUCAAAGAAUUCACCUCUUUCAGGACGAGGUACUACAGGUCUGAGACUGGAAAACAGAGUCAACAAUUCUUACUUUCCAAAUUGAAAGAGAUCUCGUCCUCCCACUCUGGAGUAACAAUAAAAGAAUUCCCUCAUUCAUGGGGACAGAACUCUAUCAUCGCUCGGUUUGCUCCUGUCGAUGACAUCAAAGGCGAAGCACCAGUAGUUAUCGUUGGAGCUCAUCAAGAUUCAGCUAAUCAAUGGCCUUUCUUACCUGCUCCGGGAGCAGACGAUGAUGGAUCGGGAACAACUUCAUCGCUCGAAGCGUUCCGAUCAUUAGUCCACGCAAACUAUACACCUUCACAUCCUGUUGAAUUCCACUACUACUCAGCUGAAGAAGGUGGUUUACUCGGUUCUCAAGCUGUUGCCAAAGCUUAUGAAGAUAAAAGCAUCAAAGUUUUAGCCAUGAUUCAAAUGGACAUGACAGCUUGGGUCAAACAAGGCACAAAAGAAAGCGUUGGUGUAAUUCAAGAUUACGUCGAUCCAGAAUUAACCAGAUUCGUCGGUGGUUUGGUUGAUGAAUAUUUGGCUAUCCCUGCAGUGGAAACCAAAUGUGGUUAUGCCUGCUCAGAUCAUGCCUCUUUCGCUAAAGCAGGAUACCAGUCUGCCUUUGCUAUCGAAAGUACCUUUGAAGAUUCAAACCAUAACAUACACACUUCAGGUGAUACCAUCAACCACCCAGAAUUCUCUUUCACACACAUGAGGGAAUUCUCUAAACUAGCCGUCGCUUUUGCAAUUGAAUUGGCCGGUAUCAAUGAGGCCUAG